AUGUUGGAACUUCAAAAUGCACUAGAAGAAAAAUGGAUUGAUCUCCAAUCUCGAUUAAGAGGUUACAAGGACGUCUGGCUUGGUGCAAGUGACAUACAACAUGAAGGAAAGUAUGUCUCUGUUUCAAAUGCGGAGCGACUUCAGUACAUCAACUGGGCCUCCGGACAACCAAAUAACGGAGGUGGAUCUAGAAAUGAGCAUUGUGGUUCCUACUGGAUUUCUAAUAGGGGAAUGAGAGAUGCCCCAUGCAAGGAAAAUCAUAACUAUUCAGCAUGUCAUCUUAUUGGUGCAGAUAUAUUGGAACUUCAAAAUGCACUGGAAGAAAAAUGGAUUGAUCUCCAAUCUCGAUUAAGAGGUUACAAGGACGUCUGGCUUGGUGCAAGUGAUAUACAACAUGAAGGAAAGUAUGUUUCAGUUUCAAAUGCAGAGCGACUUCAGUACAUCAACUGGGCCUCCGGACAACCAAGUGGAUCUAGAAAUGAGCAUUGUGCUUCUUACUGGAUUUCUAAUAGGGGAAUGAGAGAUUCCCCAUUAUUUAGUUGGCAUGUUUUAGUGGAUCUUCGAAAUGGCAAGGAAGAAGAAAAGUUUGAUCUCUAG